UCGCUUUCAACAUAUUUAAUUCGUGAAAGUGAAUGCAGGAACAAAGAUGCACACAUUCAGUUCUAAAAUUAUUUCCGGAAUUUUUCUAAUCUUGAUAAUAACUAAAAUAAGCAAGGUUGCGUCCUGUAAAGUGUUUACAUUUUCAGAUAAAAUUUCAGAUAGUUUAUCCGAGUAUACUCUGGUCAGAAAUAACACGUUCAACUGUGAAAAUGGUUCGUUCCAAUUUUUGCGUAUGAACGAUACAAAUUUGAUCAAAAUUAGUGGUGAAAUAUUGCAGAUGAAUGAGAAGGACUAUUUAUAUUUGGAAGGAAUGCUUAUUUUGCCUGGAUUCGCGAGGAAAUUUGAUACUGGAAAGGAUAAAGUGAUCUACUUUGGUGGACCUGCAGGUCAAAUCAACCCAAGGAUAGCAGCUACCAUUUUGGGAUAGAGAAAUUGCUAAUAAAAAAGAAACAUUGGAA